UCCAUUCAAAAUAUCCUUAUCCGGGGGCCGGGAGUAAUACAUCUUCUUACCUCUACACUCCUCAUAUACCAACCACAAAGUUCAUAAUCCAUACAAAAACCCAGAAAUGGCUUCCUCUCAUUUCUUCUCCUUCUUCUUCCUCAAUUACUUCAUCUCCUCAUUUGCAUCUUUAACCGCCACAACCGACUCAGUAAUCCUUAUUCGUGUCAAAAACGACCAAAUAACCGACGACCAUAACGGUCUCUCAAACUGGGUACUACCAAACCACGAUCAUCCAUUUCCACAACCUUCCAAUCACUGUAACUGGACUGGCAUUACCUGUAAUUCUCUUCACCAAGUAACCGCCGUCAAUCUCGAUAAUCUAGAACUUUCUGGAACAUUCCCUUCCGGUUUCUGCCGUAUUCCUUCUCUUCGUAACCUUUCCAUUUCUUCCAAUCUCUUUCAUGGCUUUGUUUCCCUUUCUCUCUGCUCUCAUCUUCACUCUCUUAACAUUUCUGAUAAUAACUUUUCCGGCGAACUUCCGGUGUUUUCACCGGAGUUUUCUUCUCUUUAUGUAGUUGAUUUUUCGGUAAACAACUUCUCCGGUGAUAUUCCCCGAAGUUUUUCGAGUUUGUUCUCUCUUAGAGUUCUUCGUCUAGAUAGUAACUCGAUUACUGGAAAUCCUAUCCCCGAGUUUCUUACGAAUUUAACUGAGUUGACACACCUUGAACUCGCUUACAACCCGUUUCAAGCCUCCGUGAUUCCGAGUUAUAUUGGAAAGUUCUCGAACCUCCAGAUUCUUUGGCUCACUGCGUCGAAUCUAGUCGGGAAGAUUCCGGAAUCUAUUUGUUUGUUAAAAUCAUUGAGAAACUUUGAUGUCGCGACGAAUUCUCUCUCCGGGGAGAUUCCUUCGUGUAUUGAUAAUCUGACAAAUUUAUUUCAAUUGGAGCUUUUUGAUAACCAAUUAUCAGGUCAAUUGCCGGCAAGUUUGGGAAAUUUAAAGGGUUUGGUUAAUUUCGACGCUUCACAGAAUAAUCUCGUCGGAACUUUACCGGAAAGUCUCGCUGCAUUACCAUUAGCAUCACUUAAUCUUAACGAUAAUCUUCUACAGGGGAAGAUACCAGCAAUUUUAGCAGAAAAUAAGAAUCUAUUUCAAUUGAAGCUCUUUAAUAACAGUUUUUCCGGCGAGUUACCUGCGAAUUUGGGAUUAAAUUCGAUGUUGAUAGAAUUUGAUGUUUCAACAAAUAAUUUUUCCGGUGAAUUUCCAGCAAAUCUUUGCAAUGGGAAGAAUUUAGAGCAAAUAAUCGCCUUCAACAACAAAUUUUCGGGUAAUUUCCCGGAAACUUACGGAAAUUGCAAUUCAUUAGGAUAUGUAAGGAUCCAAAACAACAAUUUUUCCGGUGAAAUUGCUCAGAGUUUCUGGGGCUUACCUCAACUGUUUUUUGUUGAGCUAACUAACAAUUAUUUCCAAGGUAAGCUUCCUUCUACAAUUUCUAAUUCAGGAAAAUUGACAAAAAUUCAAAUAUCUGGUAAUUUAUUCUCUGGAAAUCUACCUUUAGAAAUAUGCAAAUUAAGUGUAUUAACUGUUCUUCAUUUGGGUGAAAACAAUUUCAGUGGGGAAUUGCCUAAUUGUAUAACCACAUUGAAGAAUUUACAAGAAAUUGACUUACAGGGGAAUAAAUUUUCCGGUGAGUUUCCGAGAAAUGUGAGUUCAUGGAUUCAAUUAACAGAAUUAAAUUUGUCUAGAAACUAUUUUUCCGGCGAGAUUCCGAGUCAACUAGGCAAUUUGCCAGUUUUAACAUACUUAGAUUUAUCGAAUAAUUUAUUUUCUGGCGAGAUUCCGGUGGAAUUGACCAACCUUAAACUAAACCAGUUUAAUCUUUCAAAUAAUCAGUUGGAGGGAAAAGUUCCGGGUCGGUUUAACCGUGAAUUUUACGUUAGCAGUUUGUCGGGUAACCCGAGACUUUGUAGUUCGGAUCUAAAAGGCCUUUCUUCUUGCCCAAAACCUGCACCUGCUUCUUUUUUAUUGGCUUCAUUUUUAGCUGUUUUAGCUUUUGUUGUCUUAACCUCUCUUUUCUUGCUCUAUGUAUCCAAAGUCCAAUCAAAUAGUGAGUUAAGGAAAAAUUGUCCUUAUAAAAUUACUUUUUUCCAAAGAAUUGGGUUUAAUGAGGAAGAAAUAUUUUCACACCUCAUUGAAAAUAAUGUGAUUGGUUCUGGUGGGUCUGGUAGAGUAUAUAUGGUUACACUUAAGUCGGGUCAAUCUAUAGCGGUUAAAAAGUUGUGGAGCGAUAGAGAUAAAGAUUUAGAUAUGAAUUUAUUGUUCAAGUCAGAGGUUGAGAUAUUGGGAAAUAUACGUCAUGAAAAUAUUGUGAAAUUGUUGUUUAGUUGUAUAGGAGAAGAAUUUAGGCUAUUAGGGUAUGAGUAUAUGGCAAAUGGGAGCUUAGGUGAUGUUUUGCACGGAGAAAAGGGUGGUGUGUUGUUGGAUUGGCCUCGACGUUAUGCAAUCGCAUUGGGAUCGGCUCAAGGGUUGGCUUAUUUGCACCAUGAUUGUGUCCCAUCCAUCAUUCAUCGUGAUGUGAAAUCUAAUAAUAUAUUGCUUGACAACAAGCUCAUGCCAAAGAUUGCUGAUUUUGGUCUCGCUAAGGCAUUAAUAAGGCCAGGAGACAUAGAGAGUAUCGCACCCAUGUCACGAUUUGCUGGUUCUUGUGGCUACAUUGCACCUGAAUAUGGAUACACACUCAAAGUGACAGAAAAGAGCGACGUGUAUAGCUUUGGAGUAGUGCUAAUAGAGCUAGUAACAGGGAAGCGACCAAAUGAGUCAAGGUUGGGGGAGAAUAAGGACAUAGUGAAAUGGUUGAGAGAAUUAGCAGCAGAGUCUUGUGAUUUUGAUUCUGCAAACCAAGUUUUAGACCCAAGAAUGAAUCAAGCUACAUGCAACUACAAAGAGAUUAAGAAAGUUAUUGAAGUUGCUAUCCUCUGUACUGCACCAUCUCCUCUUAGUAGACCCUCCAUGAGAAGAGUCGUUGAAUUGCUUCGAAAUCAUGCCACCUCUACUAAAUGAUUCUUGUUGGUAUACUUAUUGUAUUAUUUUUAUUUUUUUUUCAUUUUUCUUCCUAUAAGAGUUGUAUCAUGUAUGUAAUUGGUCAUCUAAUUGGUCAUCUAUUAGGGCAACAAUAAUGUGAAGUCGCAAAUAACGUUUGUUAUUAAAAGUCAAUCAAAUUCAAUUUUUUUGUCAGUUUUAUCAUUAACAAGGAUAAAAUUAUGAAUGUUGGGCACUUUCAAACGCCACCCUAUAUAGAAGCCACUUAAUGACUUCGGGAUAAUGAAAUAUUAUUCUUGUUGUACUCCACAUUCAAACCCUAUUUUUAUAAGCCAAAUUUUACCCCCA